AUGAAGAGAGAAGUUAUAUCGGUGCAUGUUGGUCAAGCUGGUGUGCAAAUUGGUAAUGCAUGUUGGGAAUUGUUUUGUUUAGAGCAUGGAAUUCAGCCUGAUGGUCGCAUGCCUUCGGAUAAACAAGGACAGUCCGAUGAUUCAUUUUCAACAUUUUUCUCAGAGACAGGUGCAGGUCGCCAUGUCCCUCGAGCAAUUAUGGUCGAUCUUGAACCGACGGUUGUUGAUGAAAUUCGCACUGGCACAUACAAACAACUUUUCCAUCCGGAGCAAAUGGUAACUGGGAAAGAAGAUGCUGCAAACAAUUAUGCUCGAGGACAUUACACUAUUGGCAAGGAAGUAAUUGAUUUGGUUCUUGACCGUAUUCGCCGUCUCGCCGAAAACUGCACAGGUCUGCAAGGUUUCCUCACUUUCCAUUCCUUCGGUGGUGGUACGGGUUCUGGAUUCACUUCACUCUUGAUGGAACGGUUAUCAGUUGAUUACGGAAAAAAGAGUAAGCUGGAGUUUUCAAUUUAUCCGGCACCUCAAGUGGCGACUGCAGUUGUGGAGCCAUACAACUCAAUUCUCACUACUCAUACAACUUUGGAACAUUCCGAUUGCGCUUUUAUGGUUGACAAUGAGGCCAUAUAUGAUAUUUGCCGUCGAAAUUUGGAUGUUGAAAGACCAUCAUAUACAAAUUUAAACCGUCUCAUUUCGCAGGUUGUGUCAUCAAUAACAGCCUCACUGCGUUUUGAUGGUGCAUUAAAUGUUGAUUUGACUGAAUUUCAAACAAACUUGGUACCUUAUCCACGUAUACAUUUUCCCUUGGCAACAUAUGCACCAGUUAUUUCAGCAGAAAAGGCCUACCACGAAGCCCUUUCAGUUGCUGACAUAACAAAUGCUUGUUUCGAACCGGCAAACCAGAUGGUUAAAUGUGAUCCACGACAUGGAAAAUAUAUGGCAGUAUGCUUGCUUUAUCGCGGUGAUGUUGUGCCGAAAGAUGUGAAUGCUUCAAUAGCGACCAUCAAAACUAAACGCGCCAUACAAUUUGUUGAUUGGUGCCCAACUGGCUUCAAGGUUGGGAUCAAUUAUCAACCACCAACAGUCGUGCCUGGUGGCGAUUUGGCAAAAGUACCACGAGCUGUUUGCAUGCUGGCUAAUACAACUGCUAUCGCGGAGGCUUGGGCUCGACUAGAUCAUAAAUUUGAUCUUAUGUAUGCUAAAAGAGCUUUUGUGCAUUGGUACGUUGGUGAAGGCAUGGAAGAAGGAGAAUUUUCUGAAGCACGUGAGGAUCUGGCUGCAUUAGAAAAGGAUUAUGAAGAGGUCGGUGUCGAUUCUGGUGAAGGUGAAAUAGAAGAUGAAGAGUACUAA